AUGUAUGCUAGUUGCUAUUUGGUAUGCUAUGGCAUCGCUCAGUGGGAAAGUAGAGUCAAUGGUUUGGACCUAAAAGACAAGAACUUGGUUGGCACCAUAUCACCCAACAUUAGAAAUCUUUCUUUCCUUCGAUCCCUCAACCUUGCAAUUAACUCCUUCUAUGGUCGAAUCCCCUCGGAAGCUGGUCACUUGAUUAGGCUUCAGAGUUUAAACCUGAGUUAUAACUCAUUGGAAGGAGAAAUUCUUGUCAAUCUGUCUCACUGUUCCAACCUUAUGUAUCUUGGUCUCCAGUACAACCAUCUAGUGCAACAAAUACCAUCUGAACUUGGCUCUUUGUCCAAACUCAAGAAUCUAUAUCUUGCCAAUAACCAGUUAAGUGGAAAGUUCUCACCUUCUAUGAGAAACCUCUUUUCUCUCCAAUAUCUUUGGCUUGACUUAGGCAUUGCACUUCCAAAUCUUCAAAAGCUUGCUAUGGCAGGAAACAAAUUUACAGGAAGCAUUCCAUCUGCAUUGUCCAAUGCUUCAAAUUUUCAAGAAAUUGAUAUCCCUACGAAUUAUUUUACGGAAAACAUACCUUUGGAGUUUGGUAAUCUACGAAAUCUUACAUGGCUUAAUGCAAACAGGAAUCUUUUUGGAAAUUAUUCAGUUGAUGAUUUGAGUUUUCUUAGACUUUUGACCAAUUGCAACCAGUUACAGACACUCGAUAUCAGCUACAACCGGCUUGGAGGAAGCUUGCUACCAGAAGUUGGAAACCUGAACACUUUUGUUUACCUAGAUAUUUCAUUCAACAAAUUUUUCAAAGAGAUUCCCGCGGAAUUAGGGGAUUGUUUGGGGUUGGAAGCACUUUACGUGCAAGGGAACUUCUUUGAAGGAACCAUUCCAGAUUUAAGUAAGUUAAGGGGUGUUCAAUAUCUUGAUCUUUCCCACAACAACUUGACUGGCCAAAUUCCAAACUACAUGGUUAGUUUUUCCAUGCUGAUAAACUUGAAUCUGUCUAUCAACAAUCUUGAGGGAGAGGUGCCCAUACAGGGGGUCUUCAGAAAUGCAACUAUAAUUGAAGUAUAUGGCAACAAUGGGCUUUGUGGGGGAAUCCAAGAGCUGCAAUUGCGCACACGUUCCAAUAAGCAUAGAAAUCGUGUUGUUUUUAAGUUGAUUCUGGCAAUAGGCAUUCCUGCUUUCUCCGUGGUGGUGUUGUCUUUGAUUUCCUUGUGCUGA